AUGACCUCAGAAGUUCCAGCAACGAAAAUGCAGUCAUUGUCAUCAAAACUUACAGAAGAAGAACAUUGCUCAAUACUUUUAGAUAGAGAAGCAAAACUAGACUUGGAAUUGAGUAGUGAACGAAACGAUGACGGCGGAAAAGAGCAUGAAGUAAUCUUCAGAGAGGAUCUGGCAGACCCAGAAGAUAUUGCGCGUCAUAUGAGCACAGUCCGCCGGUAUUACAUAUCCUCCCUGAUCACAUUCACAUCCAUGGUAAUUACGAUGAUCUCAUCCAGUUGGACGCUUCCUUCAGCACACAUCAUUAAGUCAUUCCAUAUCUCGCACGAAGUCAGCACUCUAGGUAUUACGCUGUACGUGUUUGGAUUGGGCAUAGGUCCCCUGUUUCUGUCUCCACUAAGUGAACUAUACGGACGAAGAAUCACAUUUCUAUACGCUCUUACUCUCAGUAUCAUAUGGCAAUGUCUGACCAUUUGGUCCAGAACCAUCACAGGCGUCAUGUUUGGGAGGUUUCUAUCCGGAUUUUUUGGUUCAGCCUUUCUUAGUGUGGCUGGUGGCGCCAUUGCCGAUAUAUUUGACAAGGACCAAAUUGGUAUUCCCAUGGCGAUAUACACGACCUCUGCGUUUUUAGGACCCUCUUUAGGACCAAUCAUUGGCGGCGCUUUAUACCAUGAAAGUUAUAAAUGGACAUUUAUCACACUUCUAAUCACUUCAGGGUGUUGUCUUGUUCUGAUCAUGUUCACCAUACCUGAAACUUAUAAGCCAAUGCUGCUAAUACGUAAAGCUAAGAGACUAAGAAAAGAGAAAAACGACGAGCGCUAUUAUGCCCCCUUGGAAGUAGUGCGAGACCAGACUUCUCUACUUUCUGCAAUCUUCCUCUCAACCAGAAGGCCAUUCGGACUGCUAUUUAGGGACCGAAUGAUGAGUGUGCUGUGUUUCUAUACUGGACUAGAACUUGCCAUCAUAUAUCUAUAUUUUGUAGCCUUCCCUUAUGUGUUCAAGAAACUUUAUAAUUUUGGACCCAUGGAGAUAGCGUGCUCUUACAUAGGCAUCAUGGUAGGAAUGAUUCUUUCUGCUCCGACUUGUUUGUUGUUCCAGAAAACUUUUGAAUGGAGAGUCAAAAGAAAUAACGGCAUCAAGACACCCGAAAUGAGAUUCGAGCCUUUAUUUUAUGGUGCCUUUUUGACCCCGAUCGGGUUGUUCAUUUUUGCAUUUACUUGCUAUAAGCAUGUUCAUUGGAUUGCGCCUAUUAUAGGGAGUGCCAUUUUUGGUUCUGGCGUCUAUUUCGUUUUUACCGGUGUUUUCGCAUACACUGUGGAUGCCUACCGAAGAUAUGCAGCCUCUGGCAUGGCUUGUAAUACCUUUGUGAGAUGCAUAAUGGCUGGUAUUUUUCCUCUCUUUGGACUACAAAUGUACGAGGCAAUGGGCGUGAACUGGGCCGGUUUCUUGUUAGCAAUGGUCACAGUAGUGAUGAUCCCGGUUCCGUUCUUAUUCACCAAAUAUGGCCCCCGAUUGAGAGCCAAGUCGCCGUAUGCAUGGGAUGAUUAA